AUGUACAUUACACACGUGUUCACCCCAUCUCCCCCCAUCUCCCCCUUCCUCCCCUUUCCCUUCUCCGCCGUCGCCCCCCUUCCCCAUAUCCUUCAUCCCCCACGCGUUUCCCCCACCACCUCUUCCCCUCCCCUUUCCCCUCCCUCUCGCCCUCCCCCUCCCCACCCUGCUGCUAUGCUCGCUCCUGCUGCUCUGCUCCCUACUGCUGCUCUGCUCGCUCCUGCUGCUACCGUGGCGCUUGCAGUGCCGCCCCUGCUGACUCAGACACACGUCAUCCCCCCCACACACGCACACACUGCUGCUGCUGCUGCUGCUGCUGCUGCUGCUGCUGGAGGCGAUGGGUCAGGUGGUUUUUCAGGUGCUUCUGCUGCUGCUGCCGCCGCCCCACCUGCCUAUGGAGGUCGCACUAUCCGUGUGCUUAUGGUGACGUCAGCGGCCAACGUUGCUGACAUAAGCAACUUCAGGAUGAAUGAAGGGUUGCACCACAACUAUGCGGUGGAGAAGUGGUUGAUAGAGCUCUACGCAUCCAAUGCAGCGGCCAUUGAGGGGUGGACGGUGGUGUUCCGGAAUGACAACGAGGAGGCUUUAGGGGUCCGGGGGGAUACCGCUGAAAUUACUCUUGCUACUGCUGAUGCUGCGGCUGCUGCUGAUGCUGGUGCUGGUGAUGGUGAUGGUGAUGGUGCUGGUGCUGGUGCUGGUGCUGGUGCUGGUGACAACAGCGAGUGGGGCAGUAGUGUCUUCUGUCUCAUUCCACCUGGUCGCGCCCAGUGGACCUUCCAGCUGGCAAAGGCAAUCCUUUCAGGCUGCAUCCCAGUGACCUUCCUCCGUGCCAACGACAACCCCUGGGCCGCAUCCCUCUACCACCAUUCUGCCUCCCCCUCGGCGCCCUCGGCCCUCAACUACCCGGUGUUCUCGCUCAACAUCGACCCGGCCGAUCUCAACUCACUGCCCCGCCGCCUGCAGGAGGCGUUUGAUCAGCCGGGGCUCGUGGAGAGGCUGCAACACAACCUGGGGCUCGUGCAGGUGGGAGUGGGGCAGGUGGGAGUGGGGCAGGUGGGAGUGGGGCAGGUGGGAGUGGGGCAGGUGGGAGUGGGGCAGGUGGGAGUGGGGCAGGACAUGUUCAAGUGGCAUGAUUCCCUGGACCAGGGAGCAGGGGCGGUCCUGCUGUAUGUAUUCUCACCGCAACAUCUGCUCCCCAAUCCCCACUCGCCUGCUCAUGCCACAGGACAUGACAUGUUCAAGUGGCAUGAUUCCCUGGACCGGGGGGCAGAGGCAGCAGGGGCGGUUCUGAUCAGCAGGCUGAGGAAGAUUGGAACAGUGUUGGCUCAACCGCAGCUCACCACUCCGCACUCCUUACUCCCCUCUCUCCCCUCAUGCUCGCGCCACAGGACAUGUUCAAGUGGCAUGAUUCCCUGGACCAGGGCGCAGGGGCGGUCCUGCUGUAUGUAUUCUCACCGCAACAUCUGCUCCCCACUCCCCACUCACCUGCUCACGCCACAGGACAUGUUCAACUGGCAUGACUCCCUGGACCGGGGAGCAGGGGCGGUUCUGAUGAGCAGGCUGAGGAGGAUUGGGGCAGCGGCGGCGCAAUCACAGCAGCUGGAUGAGCAGAUUGUGUUGCCUCUGGAGACCACUAAGAAGGAAUCCUAG